CAUCUGUCGCCCUUCCUUGCUUAAUAACGGAAGGGUACUUCCUAGCUCCCGGUCAAACAGCCACUCUGUUUUACAACUGUCUCCUGUGCGUUGAAGACUCGAGGAUUGUAUAGCUAUGCGCCGUGCAAUAUAACCAGCCAUUGUUCAGUGCAGCUUUGCACGCGCUUGUUGACAGCCUCUCGAGCAGCGCGUGGGAUACUGAUUCAGCCCUUUCGCUUUUACCAUGGCAAGUGACGCGCUCCACAGAUUCGUCUGCCUUUGUCGGUACCUACAGGAUCCUUGCCAUGUCGCCAGAUUCCAGCAAUUUUGCGGCGUCCGCGGGACGUUCCCUAAAAAACAAGCCGAGUCUGGCGAGACGCUCGGGGUCAACGGUGCUUGCGUGGGGCAAUGCGCGGCUGGUGGAGACUCAGCACACGGACUUCCGGGCCAAAGGCUGAGAAAGAGUUUAAAUGCCGUUGAAAAUGUUGAAGAGGACGAAUGUUCCGUUCACAGACCCUCGGGGCAAGACACGGAGAGGGACUCCAAAGGCAAGGUGAAGCCGUUACGCAGGAACUCAUUGACCGGUGAUGUUGGUCAGGAGUUCAUCAUCGAGAACCGGUUUCUCUUCUAUCUCUUCACCGUCGGUACCGAGCUGGGCAACGAGAUGUUCUUCAUUUUGUUCUUCCCCUUCUUGAUGUGGAACGUCGACCCCUAUGUGAGCCGGCAGCUGAUCGUGGUUUGGGCCUGGGUGCUGUUCCUCGGCCAGUCCACCAAAGAUCUGGUCCGCUGGACCCGUCCCGCCUCUCCCCCUGUGGUCAAAGUGGAGGUGUUCUACAACACGGAGUACAGCAUGCCCUCCACACACGCCAUGACCGGCACCGCGAUGCCCUUCUCUCUGUUCCUGCUCACGUGCAGCCGGUGGCAGUACCCGUUCAUGUUUGGACUGAGCAUCGCUCUGUUCUGGAGUGUCCUUGUGUGCAUCAGCAGGAUUUAUAUGGGCAUGCACUCUGUCCUGGAGGUGAUCACAGGCUUCCUCUACAGUGUGCUCAUCCUGGCGUUCCUUCAACCCAUGCUGCAUGACAUCGACACGUUCUACCUGUCCCACAGCUACGCCCCUCUGGUUGUCCUGCUUGUGCAUGUUGGCUUCAGCUUGGUGGCCUUCUCGCUGGACUCAUGGAGCACCUCCCGUGGUGACACGGCCCAAGCGUUGGCCACAGCUGUUGGAGCUGCGUUGGCAUCCCGCCUGAACUACCAAGUGGGUCUGCAGCCAGAUCCCCCCGAAGAAGGUCUCCCACUCACCCUGCCCCUGAUCGACGGGGCCUUGCUGAGCCGCUCCAUCAUGCGGCUCCUGGUAGGAGUGGCCGUGCUUCUAGCCGUCAGGGCUUCUAUGAAGGCAGUGGCGAUCCCGCUGGCCUGCAGGAUCUUUGGCGUGCCUUCGGAUGACGUGCGGCAGGCUAGACAACACGCACACGUGGAACUGGCGUACCGGUACAUGGUCUAUGGCACAGUGGCUUACUGCUGUGUUUUCCUGGUGCCACUUCUCUUUGGCUUCCUUGGCUUAUCCUGAAGAAAAUCCCUCCGUUCAACCUUGCUAUUAUCCGGUUUUUAUCCUAGCUUAACCUAUACAUUACCUGGACUAGUGAAGGUCUCCAGUUAUAGUCAAAACCAACCAAUAUUUAGUUGCAAACACAUAUGAUGUUGAUGAUUUUGAUAAUUUCACCAGCUCCACUUCCAUGCUAAUUUUUUAUUUCACUUUUUUGUUUACAGUUUUUAUGGAACUGAUAAAUUUGAACAGGGUUUUUGUUGCCAUCGGUGGGCUGUUUUUCUUGAAAGUGAGUGCGUGUGACGUCAUGAUCUUCAGAGGACCUGUUCUCUUGAACAGCAAGGUUUAUAGCCAUUCUCAAAAAGGUUUCUGAUGUUUCCUACAUUUGUCUUCAGUUAUUUCCUUCAGCAGACUUACACCCACCCAUACUGGACCCUUGUGCUUUCUUUCACUCAACUAGAUUUUGGCUCAGUCUGCGGUCCUUCCUGUGCAAACUAACCUGUGUGAACACCCUUGUCAGACAUUUGUAUCCUUGUCAUGGUUUUCCCUCAAGGGCUCGUUCUCAUAACAUUUUGUAAUUCUGUGUUCUUCCUAAGGCUUGUUUCUUUUCUCAGAGGGUCCACUCCAGAUCAGUGCUGUGGCCCUAAUGGUUCAUUCAGUGGUUCAGGAACGACACUCUUAAAUCUGAGAGGUGUAGAAAGUUGUUCUUAUCUAUAAACCGGUUGAGUUCACGCCUAACAAUAAGCAGCAAUGCAUUGAGAGAAUGAGGGGAGGGAACUUUCUGUCAGUAUGAAUGCUGUAUACAUGAAUUUCCUGAAGAUGUGUUACUCUUGAAACCCAAGCCAGAAAAAGGCCGCUCUGAAUAUGAAUGCAGCAUAUCUUUAACAUUGUCUUUAUCAAUGUAUUAUUUAUAUGCGUCAGAUAUGUUUUUAAAAAUGAUUACAGAGGGUAAGAUUUAUGCAGCGAGUGAAUAGCUCAAGUGUUUUUUUUAUAUUUCUGUUUCUCAUUUCUUUUUAAAGGGACAGUUCACCCAAAAAUCGAAAUUCAGAAUUUACUUACCUUCAUGUUUCAAACCUGUUUGUCUAAAAAUAAAAUGGAUUUUAAUUAUACUGUUAAAAACAGUUGAAACUUUUUUUUAUAUAAUCUGUGUAUAUCAGAUUUGGAAUGACAUGAGGGUGAAUAUUUUUUUUUUUUAAGAGAACAAUCACUUUUUUUUUUUAAAACAGUUAACUACAUUUUAAUAGUCUAAUAAAGAUCUGUUUAAAUCUUUCUCCAGGAACUCACUCAGUGUGACUUUAUUUAAUGGAAUGACUGAACUUCCUUGCUUUGUCCAAUUGUCUGAAUUCACUGCAGUUUUAACUUCCAAUUUUCUGAUUGUCAGUAUUAAGCUAGGUAGUUGAUGUUGUAUCUUUAAACUAGUACUCUGUUUUUGUUGGUGUGUUUAGGUUCACAAGGAAAUGUUGUGAAGCCAGAUCUCUGAUAAACAUUAAUUGCUCAGAAACCCCAGUGCCUUGCAUCCUUAUUUUUCAGGGCAACUAUAUCCUCCAACUAGACACAAACCCCACAGCUGUCUCUCUGUAAACCAUUUUGAUGGUGCAAAUAUUAUCAUGCAUCUACAGUGUUUAUGUAAUUGAAGGCUUUUCUUUUAACUUUUUUUCCACCUUACAUGUGAUGUGUAUUUACGGAUUGGUUUAAUGUACUAAAAGUGGAAUUUAUUCAAUUUAUUUGUGCACCAGUGUAAAGAAAGGAAACGGUUGUGCAUAUUCAGUUGUACAUAUAGUAAAUGUGCCAUAACUGAAUAAGCUGCUUUAUUUGACAGUGCUCUGAGCUGAAGUGGCAGAUGGCUGGAUGGUGUUUUAGGGUUUCCUGCAAGGAAAUGCAUUAUAAAUGAAGCUUGUACAGCUUACCUGUGCUGAACUUUGAGCCUUUCAUGGUCAUCUAAACUCACACAUGUAGUGUAUCUGUAAUGUUCUUGACAUUUUUCUGUUCUUAUUAUUACCGUGAAUAAAAAAAAACUAUGAAUUA